CCGCCCCUUCCUGGCUUGUUUCUUGCCUGCCCCUUCCGCUCCUUUCUUCCCACCUGUCCCUUGGUAUUUAGCAUGAUCGCAUAGCCAAACAUUUGUCCAGUCGCUCGCUUUUAUCAGAACACCGCACCGCACCAAUGGCAGAGAAGCGUCCCUCCAUCGAGGGCCUCGUCGAUAAUGUCGACCCCCGAGACUCGCAAGAGAUUGAGGAGCUGCCCAAGUACGAGACGCCGGCCGAGCCGCAGGACAUACCCCUCAAGGAGAAGCUGAUUACCUGCUUCUGGAUUGGCCUCAACACCUUCUCGACGCUCGGUCUCAUUUUCCUGAGUAAACGAGUGUUCAGCGAUGCGCAGCUCAAGGCGUGUCAGCUCAUGGUGGUUAUGUGGCAUUUCGCAGCCACGGGCCUCGUUCUCUUUAUCUCGACCCGAGGCCCCUUCCGCGCCUUCAAGGGCAUCCGGUUAAACCCGUGGGACAUGAUGCCCGUCUGCGCCUUCUUCGCCGGCUACGUCGUGCUCGGCAACCUCAGCUUGACAUACAACUCGAUCGGCUUCUACCAGCUGUCCAAGGUCAUGACAACGCCUUGCGUUGUCCUAAUCAACUUCGUGCUUUUCCGGAAGACGGUUACGCGAUGGAUGCUCGCGUCCAUCCUCGCGACCUGCAUCGGCGUCUCCUUCACCAUCAACGAGACCGCCAAGACGCAGCUCUUCGGCGUCAUCAUCGCGACCCUCGCAUUCUGCUCCACCGCCCUCUACCAGAUCUGGAUCGGCAAGAAGAUCGAAGACUUCGCCGUUUCCGCGCCGCAGCUCCUGCUCAACCAAGCCCCCAUCUCCGUCCUCAUGCUCAUCCCCUUUGUGCCUUUCUUCGACACCAUCCCCGAUCUCAGCGUCGUGCCCACCAACAUCCUCUGGUCCGUCUGCGCAUCCGGCAUCAUGGCGUCGCUGUACAACCUCUCGCAAUUUCUGAUCAUCGGCCGUACCUCUGCGCUCACGUUCAACAUUGUCAGCCACCUCAAGACGAUCCUUAUUCUGUCCAUCGGAUGGUAUAGCGAGGGCAAGAUCCUAAGCCCGAAGGAGUGGUUUGGUGUGCUGUUGGCGCUGGGCGGUGGCUGGGUGUACUCGCAUCUAGCGCUGAAGGCGAAACAGCAGAGCAGGAAGUAAAGGGACACGGACACAUACAAGCCGUCACACAAGCGGGCACGAUCGAUCGAGCAUUGGGCGGGGUUUUAGCGGGCUUCUGGGUGCAGGAUACGGUACUGCCGGAUUGGGAGAGCGAGCGAGUGACACGAGGCGCGCUCGCCAUACGACGCCCUUUCUUCGACGGGCUUUUUCCGCAUAGAUUACGCGUUACGCGCUUUUUGGGGUUUUGCUGAGGGGUCAUGGAGCCAUUCAUAGACGACGCGACA